UUGCGGAUCCAAAUAUAAAAGCCCUAGAUUCGAAAUCCCACCUCAGUCGCCUUCGUCGUUUCGAAGUUUUUCCGUUUUGAGUUUCUGAAGUCGCGAGGUUUGUCAGUCGCGAUCCACUGGAUCCGAGAUGCCGGUGGCGGCUUCGGCUAUCUAUUUUCUGAAUCUCCGCGGUGAUGUUCUCAUCAAUCGUCUCUAUCGGGACGAUGUCGGUGGGAAUAUGGUGGAUGCGUUCCGAAUGCAUAUAAUGCAAACAAAAGAACUUGGUACAUGUCCAGUUCGGCAGAUUGGGGGUUGCUCUUUCUUUUACAUGAGGAUCAGCAAUGUGUACAUCGUGAUUGUUGUCAGCAGCAAUGCUAAUGUUGCUUGCGCAUUCAAGUUUGUUGUUGAGGCUGUCAAUCUGUUUAAAUCUUAUUUUGGUGGAGCGUUUGACGAAGAUGCUAUCCGCAAUAACUUUGUUCUGAUUUAUGAGCUUUUAGAUGAAAUAAUGGACUUUGGUUAUCCUCAAAAUCUUUCUCCGGAAAUUUUGAAGCUUUACAUUACUCAGGAAGGAGUCCGCUCACCAUUCUCAUCCAAGCCUGCAGAUAAGCCAGUUCCUAAUGCUACUCUACAAGUUACUGGUGCUGUAGGCUGGCGAAGGGAAGGUCUUGUUUAUAAGAAGAAUGAGGUAUUUCUGGACAUCGUGGAAAGUGUCAAUCUUCUUAUGUCUUCAAAAGGUAGUGUUCUGCGUUGUGAUGUGACUGGGAAGAUCCUCAUGAAGUGCUUCCUGUCUGGCAUGCCUGAUUUGAAGUUGGGAUUAAAUGACAAAAUUGGUCUUGAAAAAGAAUCACAACUUAAAUCCCGUCCCGCUAAAAGUGGUAAGACCAUUGAGCUUGAUGAUGUUACAUUCCACCAAUGUGUAAACUUGACAAGGUUCAAUUCGGAAAAGACUGUUAGUUUUGUGCCACCUGAUGGGGAGUUUGAAUUGAUGAAGUACCGUAUUACUGAGGGUGUAAAUCUGCCAUUUCGAGUAUUGCCAACAAUCAAGGAAUUGGGUAGGACACGUGUGGAAGUAAAUGUCAAGGUUAAGAGUGUUUUUGGUGCGAAAAUGUUUGCUCUUGGAGUUGUUAUAAAGAUUCCAGUGCCGAAGCAAACAGCAAAGACGAGUUUCCAAGUUACAACUGGUCGAGCCAAGUACAAUGCUGCUAUCGACUGCUUGGUUUGGAAGAUAAGGAAAUUCCCUGGACAAACAGAACCAACUAUGAGUGCUGAAGUUGAGUUGAUUUCUACAAUCGCCGAAAAGAAGUCUUGGACUAGGCCACCCAUCCAAAUGGAAUUCCAGGUUCCAAUGUUUACAGCUUCAGGUUUACGCGUUCGGUUUCUCAAGGUGUGGGAGAAGAGCGGAUAUAACACUGUUGAGUGGGUUCGAUAUAUUACCAAAGCCGGGUCAUAUGAAAUUAGAUGCUAGAGAUGUGAAGAUUUCAGAUGUUUCUUUAAAGACUUGUUGGGGGUAAGCAUUUGUGAGCCUGUGACAGCCAAGGUCACCAGGUUCCAAGGAUUAAUGCUGUCUGUUGCAUAAAAUAGAGUCCAUAACCCCCCUAAAAGGUGCAGCUUGUGUUCUAUGUUCUUGUAUUACUAGAGCUGUCUUUUGUCGUUGCAGUAUAAUUCUGUCAAUAGAAUGAUAAUUGGAGUGGGAAUUUGGUUCAUUCCUGGUUUUGUAUAGGCUAGUGCUCAUCAAUAUUUGUAUGACAAAUUUUCUGUUUU